CGGAGGCGCUUCCGGGUUGGGCGGGCGGGAGCGGGAAGUGCCCGGCGUCGCUUGGCGAAGGGUGAGGGGCGCGGAGCAGCCGCUGGGGCAGCUCGGGGCGGCGGCAUGAAGGGAGGCGCCGCAGAUUGCUGGAGGUCUGAUCUGUGCAGCACCAUGGACUCCUCAGAAGAGACUGGCGGUUCCUCUGCAGAAGAAAACUACUUUGUGAACUACACCUUCACUGACCGCUCCCACUCAGGCCGUGUGGCCCAGGGUAUUAUGAAAUUAUGUUUGGAGGAUGAGCUCUUUGCUGAUGUUACAAUAUCAGUGGAAGGCAAAGAAUUCCAGCUGCACCGUUUGGUCCUCUCAGCUCAGAGUUGUUUUUUUCGUUCUAUGUUCACUUCCAAUCUAAAGGAGGCCCACAACCGGGUGAUUGAGCUGCAGGACGUUAGUGAGAGCGUCUUUCAGCUCCUUGUGGACUAUAUUUACCAUGGGACUGUAAAGCUGAGGGCAGAGGAGUUGCAGGAAACCUAUGAAGUGGCAGACAUGUAUCAGCUGACUGCCCUUUUUGAAGAGUGCUCCCGUUUUCUGGCCCGUACAGUGCAGGUUAGGAACUGUCUGCAGGUCAUGUGGUUGGCAGAUCAACACAGCGACAUGGAGCUCUACACAGCUGCCAAACACUGUGCGAAGUCACAUUUGUCUCAGCUGCAAGACACAGAGGAGUUUCUACACCUGCCUCUUCGCCUACUGACAGACAUCCUUACAGAUGGCGUUCCAUGUUCUCAGAAUCCAACAGUUGCCAUAGAAACCUGGAUCAACUUCAACAAGGAGGAGCGAGCAGGCUUUUCAGAGACGCUGCGAUCGAGUCUGAAGGUGAUUGGAGAAAACGUUCACAUCUACCUGAUCGGAAAGGAGUCAUCACGUACACAUUCACUUGCUGUCUCUCUGCAUUGUGCCGAUGAUGACUCCAUAAGCGUGAGUGGCCAGAACAGCCUGUGUCACCAGAUCACCGCAGCCUGCAAGCACGGUAGUGACCUGUACGUUGUUGGUGGCUCCAUUCCACGACGCAUGUGGAAAUGCAACAAUGCGACUAUAGACUGGGAAUGGUGUGCUCCUCUGCCCCGUGACCGGCUCCAACAUACCCUUGUCUCUGUGCCAAGCAAGGAUGCAAUAUAUUCCCUGGGGGGGAAAACUCUACAGGACACUCUCUCUAAUGCUGUCAUAUAUUACAGAGUACGAGACAAUGUGUGGACGGAGACCAGCCAGUUGGAAGUAGCAGUCUCUGGAGCUGCAGGUGUAAACCUUAAUGGUGUCAUUUACCUGCUGGGUGGGGAGGAAAAUGACUUGGACUUCUUUACCAAGCCCUCUCGGCUAAUUCAGUGCUAUGAUACCAACACAGAGAAAUGCCAUGUGAAGCCAUACGUCCUGCCUUUUGCAGGGCGCAUGCAUGCUGCUGUACACAAGGAUGUGGUAUUCAUUGUCGCUGAGGGGGAUUCGCUGCUAUGCUAUAAUCCCCUACUGGAUAGCUUCACCCGGCUAUGUCUGCCAGAUGCCUGGAGCUCGGUACCAUCCCUCUGGAAAAUUGCCAGCUGCAAUGGCAGCAUAUAUGUCUUCCGUGACCGCUAUAAAAAGGGUGAUGCAAAUACUUUUAAACUUAACCCAGCCACCUCUGUUGUUACAGUCACAAGUGGCAUCAAAGUGUUGCUCACUAACCUGCAGUUUGUCCUGGCCUAAGCAGAAAAAGCAGGCCCAG